GGAGCAGAAGGAGCAGGUCGAGUUGCAGUCCUUCACUGUGGAGACAAGAGAUCUUGAGGGAAGGAGGAAUCCAUCAAAUCCCCCUCAGGAGCUGUUCUUCAGGAGGAUCUCUCAGGAAGUUCCAAGUCAGGACACCUCAGGAGGGAUGAAUAAAACAAAGUUGUCUGGUCUUUAUGGUGGAUCUGAAAGAGUGGUUGAACCUCAGACUCAAGAAGGUCUUGUGUCCUUCGAGGAGGUGGCUGUAUAUUUCUCUGAGGAGGAGCGGUCUCAGUUGAAUCCCCAGCAAAAAGCGCUGCAUUGGGAAGUCAUGCUGGAAAAUCAUAGGACCGUGGCCUCUCUGGGUAAUGAUGGGCAGGAGAAUAAAGAUUCCAGGGAACCACUCCAAAUGAUCAGGCAUGGAGACGGAACGGAGAAGCCUGCAAUUCAAAUGGAACUAGAAAGGCAUGACAGAAACCAGUCAAAUAGUUGGGAUAAGGAAAGCGCAUCUUCCACUGAUGCUCAGAUGCAAGACUUUGUUGCCCAACAAGGAAAAAUAAGGAAAAAGUAUAUUGGAGAAAGUGUAAAACUGUUCAAAGACAAAGUAGAUGUAAAUGAACACUAUCCAACCCAAACCAAAGGAGAAGACUAUAUAUGCAAAGAGAAUGGAAAAAAGUACAAUUGUACUUUCACUCUUUCUCUUGAAAAUGGGUCCCUUACAUCUCAUAAAAGGAUCCACACAGAAGAGAUGCCAUAUAAAU